UAUGUCCCUGCGGGGCGCAGAGCCUCUGUACCCCGUGCUGCGCAGCAGGACGACGCAGGGGUGGCCUGAGGAGGGGCCUGUGGGGACACCUGUGCAGGGGGCCCGGCGGCUGUCUGGCCCGGCAGCCUGAGAACCGGGAGGCGCGCUGGUGACCCGCCGCCCAGAGGCCUGUGCGCUGCUGGGGAGCCCGGAAGCCUGCAGCCAUGCCUCACAGCUCCGACAGCAGCGACUCCAGCUUCAGCCGCUCUCCUCCCCCCGGCAAGCAGGACUCAUCCGAUGAUGUGAGAAAGGUCCAGAGGAGGGAGAAAAAUCGCAUCGCCGCACAGAAGAGCCGACAGCGGCAGACACAGAAGGCCGACACGCUGCACUUGGAGAGCGAAGACCUGGAGAAACAGAACGCGGCCCUGCGCAAGGAGAUCAAGCAGCUCACGGAGGAGAUGAAGUACUUCACGUCGGUGCUGAGCAGCCACGAGCCCCUGUGCUCCGUGCUCACCCCCAGCACGCCCUCGCCCCCCGAGGUGGUGUACAGCGCCCACCCCUUCCACCAGCCUCACCUCAGCGCCCCACGCUUCCAGCCCUGAGCUUGCAGAGGUGGGGGAGAGCGGAGCCCCUCCCCCCCAGACCACCGCCCAGCGGGGCCCCGCGGCCUCAGGAGGGGGGCGCAGAGACUGUGGUCCGGCCACGCCCAGCCCCUGGAACCGGCUCUCCUGCCUGGAGUCUCCGAAGCUCAGGCCCCCUGGAGGAGGAGGAGGGCACCCGGGACUGAAGCUGCUACAAGUGGGGUGCAGCCCUCCGGGAGCCCCCCCAAAACCUGCCUACUUGUGCUGGAACCCUGUGUGGGUGGGUGGGG